AUGCAGAAAUUUGACAACCCACACGUACUUUUCAACGAUGGAAUGGCGAAGUAUUUUAUGAUAAGGGAAGAAAUAACAGGGAAACAAUUGCUUCAAGAUGUAGCCGAUCAGGGGCAGUUGGAUGUGAUCUUCAUUUUGGGAAUGAUGCUAAUGGCCGAAGGCAUUGAAAGGAAGAAAGAAGCUAUGAUCAUGUUAAAUAAUGCCUACGUUAAUACUAGAAGAAGUUGGAAUCUAAGGCAUACCUGUUACAAGGUUCAAAACCACUUGGUAAGGAGAUCAAAGCAGAUAAAAUUCCAUGGCUUACAUAGAAGUUGUGCAAAGCAUCCUUCUGUGAGCAGUUAUGGAACAACUUUUAUGAAAUACAGUUGGUCGCUGAAUUGUGAAAUUUGUUUGUGGGAUGCAUGUUUUGUGAAGUUUGCUAGGAUGUUUGACACUAUUUUUGAGUAG